AUGACAUGGGAGGAAAAGUCACAGAACAAAACCAACUCACCUGACAUUGAGCAUUCCAGAGAUGAGGAAGAUCAGCUGGAGAAGGUCACAAUUGCACCCAUGAAUGGUGAUUCCAAGCACAUUUCAAUUUUUUGCUCUGCCUGUCAACAAGCGAUAUAUCCAUAUCAUCUUCUUUAUCAUAAAAAAACCCACAAAGCCCUAACUUUGCUGGGCUUUGAUAGCGCACAGACGAAGACUGACAAGAAAACACUUUUAGUUCAGAGACAGAAACUAAUUUCAAAAUUUGUCAAGAUUCCUAAAUGUUCUGAGAGACACAGGCAGAAGAUUGACUAUUCAUUUGAAUUCCUUAUGAAUAAUCACACUCCUACAUCACAUUGUGAUCUUGCCAGUAUUAACAACCCUAGCAGUUUUAAGAAAGUAACUAAUUCUCUAAUAAAAGCAUUAUCAAUUUGCCAAGAUAAAAAUUCCGCAUGGCGGGAAGACAUGGAAGACAGAUUUAUUGUGCUCGACAACUACGGAAAGAGGUCAGACACGUGUUUUCUGGGGCUGGCUGACGGCUCUCAUGGUGCGACAGCUGCAGAAACAGUUGCAGCAGAGCUUCCACUUCUAUUUCUUGACCAGCUGUCUCAAACAGAUUCCUCCUACAAGAAGAGUAAGGAUGAACAGCAGAUUCUAGAUUCUUUUGCCACAGUAAUCAGGGAAGAUUACAAGGAAAAAGAGAAGAUUUUCUUUGAUAAACCAGGCAACGAGGAGACCGAUAAGGCCAAUACUUAUGAAUGGAUUCAUAAAGCAUUUGCCAAGUCCUUUUGGAGGAUGGAUCGACUUCUACGACUAGGGAGGAACGAGGUUUCCAGAGUUCGCUGGAGCGGCUGUUCUGCUGUUACAUGUUUGGUGGAAAGACUCCCUGCUGAGGAGGAAGACAGACAACAUUUUGAAAACGACACUCAGAGUCCAUCACACAGAACAGCCAAAGGUGCUGCUGGGUUACUGCAUGUCGCCAAUGUAGGUAAUGCACACGCAGUCUUAUGUAAAAAUGGAAAGAGUCACUGCCUCUCGAGAGAGCACAGCACUUCUAACAUAAGCGAGAGAAAACGUGUACUUCAGAGUGGGGGAAACAUCAGCACUAACGAACCGGAUGGAUUAGUAGAGGGGUACCUGAGAACUACAAGGGGUCUUGGACAUCACGGAGAUCCAGUACUGAAAAGAUCUGUUAUACCUGUACCCCACACCGUAUCCGUCCCUAUUGAUGAUACCUGUCCAUUCCUUAUUUUAGCUUCUAAUGGGCUUUGGGAGGUUUUGGAUCACAAUGAAGUACUUGCAUUAACUCUGACAACAUUCACUCAUUAUUUGAGAAUGUAUGAAAGUGUUCAGCAAAUCAGAACUUCUCCAAAUGUGUGUCAGUAUUUGAUGUCCCUCACUGAAUACAAUUUAAAUGACUCAGAGGCUAUUAAUGAUCUGCAGGAUGGAGCAGAGGUACUCUGUUACAAUAAAGACGUUUUUCUCAAUGACUCAAAAGGCAACCUGGAACAAAAAAAGCCCCAAAAUUCUAGGAGGGACUAUUUGCAAAGUGAAGAUGGAGUUCCUAAGGAAACUGAUGACCACAAAAAUCCAUCUGAUCCACAACUGUCUCUUUUCAGUAACAACGGGCUAAAUUCACAGAAUAGAGAGAUAGAGCAGUCCGAUUCCAGCGCACAAGGUGGCUCUGAAGAACUGCAACCAUUUGAGGACAGAAAAAUUAAUCUAUGUUAUAGUUUUCAGCCACAUCCUUCAGAGCAAGAAGAAACAGACACAGACACUUUCUGUGCAACAGGUCCAAGUCACAACCACAAACAGUUGCAAGAGAACGUACUGGCAAUACACUCUAAAGAUAUAAAACAGCCCCCAAAAGACACAAAAGCACGCCUAUCUAAUUAUGACUUGGGCCCACAACUGGCAGAAAAAACAGACUCAGAGAUACUUUACGACACAUCUGUAAAUUACCCUGGUCAAGAACUGCUAAAGACUGUCUCACCAGUGGGUUCUAAACCACCACCACAGUUUGAAGAGGACACAAAACCAAACUCAUCCAGCCAUGAAUCACAAACUGCAGGAAGCAGUAGCGUCGCCUCCGAGAUGCUCUACAUCAAUGCAGCAAGCUACAUCAGCGAACAACUGGUAAAGACUGCAUUAGCUGCAGGUUCCAGAGAUAAUAUCACUGUUUUGAUUGUACUUCUAAAUGGAUGCGAUAAGAUACCCAAUUACCUUAACAUUUAA